GUGCGCACUGAUUGCUUCCCGAAGCAACACCCGCCGUUCACCCGCCGUACGCGUGCGCGCUCCCGACUCGCCUACAUAAGUGAGGACUCUGGUAUGUAUUCUCUGUAUCCCCCCUCCUCCUCCUCUCUUUCUAUCUCGAUGACCUGUGAUGGUGUUCUCUCUGCUGCGCUACAUCCUGACGACUCACGGCUCCAUGGAGUCCGAGGAGCAGCGGCACUUUCAGCCGUGGCGUGAUUACAUGGGUCUCGCGGAAACGGUGCGCGCCAUGCGGAGCUCGCGCCUUUCGGAAUCCCCCGGUCCAGAAGCUCAGCAGGAGUUGGGGUUUAUCUCUCAUCGCCGCGGACACGACGGCGCGCUCCGGAUCUUCCCUGAGCCUGAGAUGUCCGAGCUCGGGGACAAACCGAAAACGCAGAAGGGGCGACCGAAAUGCGUUGGCACCGGGACCGUAGGAUCUCAACCUUCAGCUACAGCUGGGGUCAGUCCUCGCUCUGGGGAGAAGUUCUGCACCUUCUGCAAACACAACGGCGAGUCUGAGAACGUCUUCACGUCGCACUGCCUGAAGGGCCGCGGAGGAGAAGUGGUGUGUCCUUACCUGCGCCGGUACGUCUGUCCGCAGUGCGGGGCGACCGGCGGCCGCGCGCACACCAAGCGCUUCUGCCCGCUCGUGGACAGCACCUACAGCUCCGUGUACACCCGGGCUCCCCGGUAAUGACGAAAGCACCGAAUCUCAGUCUCGCACUCUGUCUCUUUUACCUGGAAAUGUUAAUAAUACUAAUAAUAAUAACAAUAAGAAUAAGCUUUUAGAUGGAAAAACGUCACAGGUAGCUCCAUCAGCGGUCAUUAAGGCCACACUAUGUACCGGAUGUAGUUUUAUAUCUACACUAUAAAUCACUCUGAAGGUACAAUAGAUGACGCAGAAUUAAUGAUGACACUGCAGAGGAAGUGAAGUUUGGUGUCUAUUUCUGAGAUGCAGAAAGUUGGAAGUGCUUUUAAAAAAAACAACUUGUAAAAAAAAACGCUUUUCAGCAUUUUAUUGUAGUUAAUAGUCAUUAUGGCUUUGUGCGCUUAGGUUUUGUUGUUUUAAGUAGUGUGUGUGUGUGUCAUGAACCUAUAAGCACUCUCGGGAGUGACCUGCCCUGGGUUUAGAGCUGUAACAGCCAGGGAGUCGUUUGUUUUUCCUAAUUCAGUGUGUGUUUUAUAAUUGUGUGGUUAUUUGAGUUGUUGAUUUAUUUCACUGGUGUGUUUUUGGGUGUGGUUUUUGAACCUGAUUUCUCUCUAUCAAGCUUGUGCUCGGGCCUCUUGGGCUUAUCACAGGUGCAGGUUUCUCCCUGGCUUCAUGAUGGGAGCAUGACCUUCUUCCCGGGGUUCUUCUGGUCCAUUUUAUUGUCCAUAAUUCUAAGAAAUUCUGGCGUUUUGACUUUUUUAGAUGUUUUAGACUCUUUUGGAUUUGAG